CUCUCACCCACCCACAUCACGACAAUGGCAGCAUCCGCAUCCCGCAUCGCAAUCGUAUUCGGCGCCGGCCCGGGCACCGGCGCAGCGAUAGUCCGCGCCCUGGCCCAGACCCACUCGGUGCUCCUCCUCUCGCGCUCCCUCCCCGGCUCGCUCCCGCGCCUCAAGCUCGACGACCUGCCAGCCGACAAGAUCCACGCGGCCGGCUUCGACGGCACCCCCGCCUCGCUGGACGCCGCGAUCGCCGCCGCGCGGUCCAAGUGGCCCAGCGCCAAGGUCGCGGUCGGCGUCGCGAACGCCAACUCGCCGUGGUCCCCGGGCCCGUUUUUAGACAAGACGCACGCGGAUCUCAAGGACACGCUGGAUAGCUUCAUCGCAACCUGGGACUUUGCGCAAGCCUUCAUCCGCGCCUGGCAAGCCGACUACCCCACCGCGCCUUCAGCCACAGAGUGGGGCACGCUGAUCGUCACCGGCGCGACGAUGAGCCUGCGCGGCAGCGCCAACUUCAGCGCGAUGGCGCCGGGCGCGUGGUCGCGCCGCGCGCUCACGCAGAGCCUGGCGCGCGAGUUCGGCCCCAAGGGCCUGCAUGUCGCCCACGCGAUCAUCGACGGCGUGAUCCUUACCGAGCGGACCAAGGUCAUUGCUGGCCAGCCGACCGAGGACGGCACGCGUCUCCUCCCCGAGGACAUUGCGGCGGCGUACGUCGGCCUCGUGAACCAGCGCCCGUCGGCUUGGACGGCCGAGCUUGAUCUCAGGCCGUACAAGGAGAAGUGGUAGUGGCGAGAUCGCUCCUUUGAAGGAAGGUUUGUCUUUGUCAGAAGAAACCGGGACAUGAAAUGGAAAUGCAAUGCAGAAUGCAAUCAAUACUACAACUUGAGGCUUUCGGCGCCGGCGACCCUCGCCGCAGCCUAGCCAAAGAACAACAGCCCCUUCUCCUCAAACUGUCGGUUCUUGAUGCUCGCGAGCAGCUCAGGCCCAACAGCAGCCACGAGCUCGGUCGUCAUGCGUCUGCCCGCUGGGCGGAGCCGUCUCUUGAACAUCUGCGUCGGGAUCAGCGGUGCCUCUGUGGGUCACUUACAGCGUACGGGACGAGGCCGAGCCCCGACCCCGUGUCGGUGAAGACUACGAGGCUGCCCAGCAGCUCGGCGGACAGCGUCGCGGGGUCGAGCAUGCCGGGGGGAGGGGGCGUGGGGUACUCUGCGUCGUCGUCUUCGCUCUCGUCGUCUUCACUGUCCUCGUCCUCGUCUGCCCACUCGCCCUUCUCCUCCAUGCUGACGUCGUGAGACUGCGAGGCCUCGCCACUCCCAUUCACCGCCGGCGCUGCCGCCUUGGCCGCGUUCACAGCCUCCGCGCUCAUCGCCUCGACGUCCGUAAAGCCAAUGUAGCCCUUGUGCGACUGCAGGAACGUGUCCAGCUUGCUUGUGAGAAGGUGGAACUGCUGCGUGCCGGGAUCGAGCAGGAAGCUGGGCGCAUACUCGCCCUUGUACCGCAUCUUGGCGCAGUCGGCAAUCCAGUAGCCCAUGUAGAGCCACUUCAUGCCCUCAGCCCCUGCCGCGGCCAUCUCACGCACGAGCGCAAUCUCGAACAGCGCCGACAGCUUCCCGAGCGCCGCCCACGCCCAGUCG